AUGAGCUUUCCGGAAAAUACAGCAUUGGCCGUUUUUUUUAUAAGCACAUUGUACCUUGCAUUUUCGCAUGGAAACUGCAACUUUCGAGAAAAGGGAUCAUUUGGCAUUAUUGGAGUCUUCGAUUUCGCCGAUUCGUCCUCUAAAGAAGCUUUUGAGAACGCCACAUCAAGUCACAAUUCUAAGGAGUGUGUUCCCAAGUUUAUGAACAGAACUCUUCUUCUUAAAAGCGACGCGAGUGUUUCGGAAAUAAUAGAACUUGCUCAGAAUACACUACAAACUGGUCCUUGUUUUAUGGUGUAUGCAGCCGAGGAUAGCAAGGCGAGAAUAGUCCUUGAAUUUGCAAUUACCCAAGGGGUAAAUGUUAUAACAGCUAUACCACCGGUAUGUAUGAUUGCCAGGACGUUUUAUAAUUGCCACAAAAUCCGACUGAAUAAGGGUAGGGAUAGUCUGCACGAAAGGAAGGACACUUCCUAAUGUUCUCUUAGGUGCAUUAAGGGGAAAGAUGGGAAUUUUCUGAAACAUUCUAUUUGCAUUGUUACAAUGAUAACACCGAAUGACCAGACAUCUUUAUAAAUGAGGCCAAGUUUCCUUGGAAUCCCCUGUGAACAUGUAAGUAAAGAAUUGACAGUUUAUUUCUUCUUGAACGUGGUUUAGCCCAAAAGCGCUACAAAAAUCUCGCAGGAAAUACUAACUGGACGUUCCAAACCAGUGAUAACUGUUUAAUUUUAAAAACGUGGGGCUCGCUGUUAAAACGAACUUUUAGUUUUGUCGAGAAUUAAAUGUGUUAAUAAAGUCUCUUUAUUAUGCGAAUUAAAAACUGUGGAAAAAUGAAAAAUUAAUAAAAGUAUAAUCAAUUUCAACUGCAAACGGCGACUUCCCCAGACGAGAGGUAGCUUGCACUAUUUGUCAGAGAGAGAGAAACUUGUUAUGCGAUUAAGGUGUUCAGAUGAGCAUCGUGUAACAUGAUGUCAGUAUCGGUAGUUCCCCUGCCUAUGGCAUAGAUUCACGUCUAUCCUGGGUGGAAGAGUCAAUAAGUAGCAUUAUUUUCGGGGGCUUAAUCUUUCUAAAAUAAUUGAUCACGUUGUCUCCAGUUAUAGUUUAUUUCAUGAAUGACUAACAAAACAAUAUUUUUGGUUUAUUACCUAAAAAACUGGGAAAAAAAAAAAAAAAAAAAAACAAGAAAUGAUAACAGCCCUAGCCAACUAUGCUUCAUUUCUUUCAAUUAAUUAGUGCAACGCUCCUGUAGAUUCUAAAUCAGCAAUUUUAAAGAUGGCUCAAAAUUUUAUAAUUAGUUUUUUGUGCGCUUUUUCAACCUCUUGUCACGUAAUUAAUAUUUCUUUUUUUAUUCUAUAGUUUUACCCGAAUUACCAAUACACUGGGAUACAUCAGAGUUAUGAUCCGGCCCAUGUUUCCAGCAUAAAUACAGUUUCAAGCACGGUGACGAAGAGAGACGCCCUCUUAGCACUCUUAGGAAAGUUAAACUGGAAAAAAUUUUUGGUGGUGACGGAUAGUGAGCCCAGCUCAAAUUACUUCGUAAAUUUAUUGAAGGAAUCCCUUCAUCCAAGGAAUUUGAAUUUGACAGAGUGGCUGGUAUACAAUGAAGAUAAUUUUGAUUAUUUUGAAAAAAAAUUAGAGACUGAUGCUAGUAAUAUCAUUUUGGUAACGAAUAAUCUUUCACUCGCUGAACAGAUACUCAGCGUAAAAGAAGAUUUUCCAUCUUGGACUUGGAUUUUCCUCUGUGAUUUGGAUGUCGGAAGCUUAGGCUCCCAAUGGCAUUGGGAUUACGUUUAUACCAUAACUCCAAAAUAUUCUCUUAAGGUUAAGCUUAGUGAUUUUGUGGACGAUGCAGUGAGCUCAAUUAGCCACACCGUAACAGGAAAUGGACGCAAAGGGAAAGCCUUCUCUUGCCCAAAAAUUUGUAAAUUUAGAAGGUAAAAAAAACAAUUUGUGUUUAGAUAUUUACCAAAUCGACAUUGAUUUAAUGUGUUCUGUGGUCUGUACUCUGCGUCCCGUAGGUCCGCGACGUUUUAACCAUUGUUAUGUCGAAUAUCGUUGUCGAUAAGAGUACAGACCACGCGAAACUUUUGAUUUGUUUUUUACCUCAAGAUCGAUGUAAAAAUUUUCAAGACAUCUACAUUUGUGAGGUGAUAAAGACAUUUCGUGACACGUUGACGCGAGUGGCAUUUUUUGUAUUCCGACAUUACUGAUAAUUGUGGUAAAAAAGAAUCUCUCUCAUUCUGUAAAAGUACUAGUGCAAAUUGCUAAGGAUUCUUUGAGUCACUUGAAAUAAGUGAGUAAAGGUUAAAAGAUUCAAGAAAUAACUUGCUAGAUACAAGAUGUUAGAUAGAUGCUGGACGAAGAAGAGCGUCAUGUCUUAAAAAAAUAAUUUAAUGUAAUUAUUCAUUUUGCCUUAAAGAACAAUACAUUCGCUCUCUGAAGAUCGUCACAUUAGAAAUCCUAAUAGUGAAAAUGGUGACAUAUUCUUGUCCAUACGAGCUACUUCUCACAGUUUACAAAACAGAAACUACAACUAAAGCCAGCUAACCUAUUUUUCCAGUAAUCUAAUUGAACCUUGUCUCGGGACCAUAAUUUAAUGCUAUUAAAAGUAGGUUAUUAUCAAAAUGAUACCGAAAAUGAUGUGUCUAUUCUCCUUUUCAGACUUCUAUCUGAAGUAAACUUUCACGGUUCUUCAGAUCCUGUUGAGUUUGAUCAGCAGGGCAACCGAGUGCCCCUUCGCUACGAUGUUAACAGAAUGGAGUACAACGAAGAUCAGGAUAUGUAUGAACUUGAACAUCUUGGUUAUUGGUCUAAUGGCAAGCUCUCAAUGGAGAAAAAAGGAGAAGACCUUAAAAUCCUUCUCAACGAGUACCCACCCAAUGUUAUGUCCCAACCGAAAAAAGUUGGCGAACCAUGCCAGCCUGGCUCUAUGUUGUGCUCUAAAACUGUCGAAGGAGAGGAGAUAAAGCGUUGCUGCUAUGGCUUUGUUAUCGAUGUGUUAGAAGUGAUAUGCAACGAGAUGGAAAAAGUUCCAAAGUUAUUGUUUAGUCUAGACGGACAAUAUGGAAUAUACGAUGAAGCAAAUAACAGUUGGAAUGGCGUAGUUUCAGAACUACUUAGUGGAAGGGGUGAUAUAAGCUUUGAUCUCUACAUAAGCUCUCGCAGGGCCAAUGUUGUCGAUUUUACUGAACCGUAUAUGCCUUCAGGAAUUCGCCUUUUGGCAAAAGAGAAGAAACGUGAAGACAAUCAAAUUUACUGGGUGUCUUAUCUUAGACCUUUCACUCCUCCAGUUUGGCUUACUCUGCUUGGAAGCUUAGGUAUAAUGAUUAUCUUCCUAUGGGCAAUGGACAAGAUUAGUCCGAUCAGAGGAUCAAAGAAGCUGUUCCAUCCAAACUCUUCAUUUGGUCUCGACAACGCAGUUUGUUUCGCUCUCGCUCUUGCGUUUGGUCGCCCAGCGGACGAGUCAAAACCAAAAACUAACGGCGCUAGGCUUGCGUCAGUUGCAUUUGGAAUGGCAAUGCUGGUUUUUGUGUCAACAUAUUCGGCUAAUUUGGCUGCUUUUCUCAUCGUUGAUGAUAAAAGUCCCCCUGUGGAAGACAUUUACGACAUCAAGGUACAUCUUACACAUAAUUGACCUUGCUUAAGUAGCUUUAUCUCUAUUUUUUUGUUUUUCGUUCUUUCCCGCCUUAAAUCAGUAGAUGGAGUCGGUUUGUCUCUAAGUAGCUUGAGUCUCUUCCUGAUUAACACGGUUCAUGCACAGUUUGAGACACCCAAGAUAAAAUGACAGGUAAGCUUGGAAAGUCUGGAUAGGAUAGGAUUUUAGUAGCUAUUACCGACACUUUGAAUACUAUGCAAAUAGAUUAUUGACUGUCACAUUGGAAGUUAACCUGUUUUAAUGAGUAGCAACAUUACAAGGAAACAAAAAUGGAAGAAGACUUUAAGACGAGGAAUGAUCUCAAGUUUAUGUUCUUAAUACGUUAAUUAAUUAAUUAAUUAAUUAAUUAAUUAAUAAUUGAAUUAUUGAAAGAUGUAAUUUGAAAUCGGUAAAUUUGUUAAAAAAAUUUGAUCGUUUCGAAAUACUUAAACAUAUAUGACCUAUGUAAUGGGCCGCGCUCACCGCAGAGUCUCUGUGGCUCAGUGGUAGAGUAUCGGAGCGCGGAAUCGGAAGGUCUGAAGUUCGAUUCCUCGUGGCGACUUUUCUCUAUCCCACGUUUGUGACAAGACGAAAAACAUCUUUCUCACUAAUACUAUUAUAAUGAAAAUAAAGGAGAGUUUCCUAGAUUGUAGACAGACGACUUCAAAUAAUACCUCAAGGUUAAAUGCAACAAGGAGCAGUUUCGAUUCAUUUCUGAAUUCUUUUUUUAUUUGACCGUAAUCUGCCUAAUAAAUACGUUUUUCUCUCUUCAUCAAUAUAGAUUGAGCGACCACCGGAUGGCUUUAAGUAUGGCACUAUUGACGGAUCUUAUAUGGCCGACUACUUCAAGAACAGUGAAAAUGCAUAUUUUCGCCACGUGUGGUAUCACAUGAAAGAAAACAAUGUUAAAAGUCUUCGGGAAGGAGUUGAAGCUGUCAAAACAGGGUUUGAAACUUUUGAAUCUUCGAGCACUAUUCGAAUUUUUUUCUGUGCCUGAAAAUUAUGCCAAAAAAACGAACUUGAAUGUACAUGUAGGCGAUAGAUAGAGGCACAAAAUAUCAGUUAUCUAGUAACCAUGUCAACUGAUUAGACCAAAAACAUUGGACAUCAAUCCCCUAAUUACUUAUCAAUUUGGAUUAUUGAAAUGAAAGAAUGAUCAACGUCCGGCAGUGAAAAACGAGUUAUGGCUUUUUUUAGCCCCCGCUUGCUUUUCCACUAUUAUCAAUAAUGAGUUAUUAAGGGAAAUCAUCUAGAUAUAAGGUUACCGUUACAAAAUUAGAGAAAAAAUUCAUUUUGGAAAAUAAAACACAACAUACACACAUAAACAACAAUAUUACAAACCUCACAUCACUUUGCUUGAUUUUUAUGAACAGGAGUCUGGACGUUUUCGUCGCAGAUCACGUGGGCCUGGAAUACGAAUCAAGGAAUGAUCUUCAUUGUGAACUCAGAGUUGUUGGUGAACCUUUUGCAAUGUCUGGAGCAUCCAUUGCUGUUAAAAAGAACAAUCCUUUGUUUAUCCAAGUAUCAGAAGCUCUUCAAAAGAUCAAAGCUAAAGGACUGACGGACUUCAUCCAAGAAUUCUGGGUAUCCAAGUAUAAAUGCCCGAGGGAAACUCCUCCAGCUCAACUUAAGGUAGAAGACCUAAGUGGACUCUUCUUGCAACUCACCAUAGCAAUGAUCGGGUGCAUACUAGGUACAUUGUGUCAGAGGAUUUUUCUACAAAUGAAAGAAAAGUGGACUAGAAAAAAUAACGAGGAUGUAGAUGAACAGGAUGCGAGGCAGGAAUUUGCACAGACAGAAACACUUGUGUGAGACAAGGUUGUUUCCUGAGAAUUUAGUAAAGAAGUCUUAAAGAGUUUCAGGAUAGACGGAAAAGUCCAUUUGCGAGUUUAGCGCAUCAUACAGUCCAAAAUGAACGCGACUAGCCGAUAGGAAUGUGAAGAACCACAUGAUAGCGAGUGUUCGGUAAUUGCAGUGUGGUGUCUGUGUCCGUAAUGUAGAGGCGUAGAAACGUUACGGAAUAGUCUGCAAGUAUAUCAUUAUUGGUCUCUUAGCCCCUGAUGGACCAACAAAAUCGAUCUUGUUACGCUUUCCAUGAUCCAGGAGCGAACCAUUCUUCCAUAAUGGAGCUAUAAGCUUCUGGCUUGCUCCAUCUGCCCUUCAUGCUACCUGGAGUAUUCAGUUGUAAAAAUUGUUAAGCCCCAUCGAGCUUUUUUCCUUUUUUAUAUGCAUACCAUCUGUUAGGACGAGCGAGACAAACUUUUCUUCAUGUGUAGAUGGUAUUAGAAAAUCAUUGUAACUAAAAAUUAAAUACCCAUGGCAUAAAGAAAUCUUGAUGCAUCGAGGAUAUAUACUAUUUUAAGGGGUCCAUAAGUAACCGGAUUAUUUAUUACCAUUAGUCCCUAAUAUUGGAAUUGCUGUUUGAUUGAACCUGACUUACACUUUCCCUAGAAUGACAUAACGACAUGAAGAAGAGAAC